CCGCGGACCCUCCUCCCCUGGCAGAGACACCGCUGGAUCCUCCGCCCCCCCGGAGCUCCCGGCGGGAUCCUCCUCCCGCCCGCAGCCCCAUGUGAGACUCCGCGUCCCCCCCGGUGGCUCCGCCGUGGUGUUUUAAUUUUUCUCUCUCCCCCUCCUCUCCCUCUUUUAUUUUGAAGGGGGGAUCCAUCUUAAAAACUCUCUCUCUCUCUGUUUUUUUUUUUUUUUUUCCGCUGGAUCCCGGUUUCUCUUUUUUGAUUUGCACUUUUUGAAAAAGCCCUCAGAUGCUCCUCCAUGUGGACUGAGAACCCAUCAAGGCACACACAACACGAGAACUCAUCCCGAUCAACUCCAAAUCCUGGCUUUUCGUGGGUUUUGCUGCAACACAUAAAAGCAAACUUGUAUUUAAGACACACUCGUGCAAAAAUUUAGCUGGGGACUUGAACGUGUAUUUUGUCUUGGUUUCUUGGUCUUGGUUAUAUAUAUUUUUUUUUUUGGUUUUUAUUUUUGCUUCACUGGAAGUCAAAAGCUUGUUUUGGAAUUGGACCUGCUUUUGCUGCACUUCUCCUCUGGGCUGGAUAACACUGAAGCUCUUUGCUUUUCUACUUGGAUAGUGUUUUCCUGUUGAUCUGUUGGUGUUUUGUUUUUUUUUCAUCUCCUGUGUGGCAGACUUUUUUUUUUUUCUGAGGGGGGUAAACAAACGACAACAACAAAAAAAACUUAAGUUUUUUUUGGCCGUGUGAGAUUUUUUUCGUAUUCAGAUUCGUGAAAUUACGGGUACACUUACAAAAAAAUUUAAAAAAGAAGCAUUAAAAAUAAGAAAGGAACACGUCAGAAAGACCCCUACACGGUAGACAAAAUACUCACUUGUUUCCUUACAGCAAGACUGAAUCGAAAGCUGCCAAAGAGCCCCAUAAAGAAAAGACUAAAAGGGAGAAAGAACAAGAAACACAAGAAGAGGAACAUUUGAUGGAAGAAAAGAAAAAGAAAAAGCAGGAAGAAAAGAAAAAGAAGGAAGGUGCUCAGAAAAAGGCUGCUGAACAAAAAACCAAAGUGCCAGAACCUAUUAAGACCAGUUUAAGCCAGCCCCAACCUGCCGGUACCGGUACCAGUACUUCCACCAGCACUAUUACCAACAGCAGCAAUGGCAAGCGCGCGUCUGCGAAUGGGCAGCAGCCGGCUGCGUCCCGAUACCUGCCCCGAGAGGUGCCUCCACGCUUCCGCCAGCAAGAACAGAAGCAGCUCCUAAAGCGGGGGCAGCCACUGCCCGCCGGGACCCUGAGCGGCACCAGCCCCGCGCCGGGCGCUGCGCCAGCGGGGGCCAGUCCUCCUCCGCAGCAGGGAGCGGGUGGACAGCAUCAUCCCAGUAAGACCCAACCAGAUCUCAGCCACAGUGGAUUGGGAGACCAUUAUGAGAAUUCCCACUGGGGACAGCAGCCCGCUUUCAGGAGUGAAGGCAACUGCAGCUGGGAUAAAGUGAUAAUAGACAGGACUGACAAGGAAGCGUGGCCUUCCAUAACCGGAGCUGAGACUGAGUCUGCCUCAGAAUGUACUACAGACACUGACUCUGCCUCCAACUGUGGCUCAGAGAACAGUAGCAUGGCUACAGGGAGUGCCCAAGGCAACUUCACUGGACAUACAAAGAAAACUAAUGGCAAUAAUGGCGCCAACGGAGCACUCGUCCAAAGCACUUCUAACCAGAGUGCCCUUGGAGCUGGUGGAGCAAACGGCAACGGCAGCUCGGCCAGGGUGUGGGGGGUGGCUGCGGGCUCCAGCUCUGGCCUAGCUCACUGCUCUGCCAGUGGUGGGGAUGGAAAGAUGGACAACAUGAUGGGAGACGGUAGAAGUCAGAACUGCUGGGGUGCUUCCAACUCGAAUGCUGGCAUUAAUCUUAACCUUAACCCUAAUGCCAAUCCAGCUGCCUGGCCUGUACUUGGACAUGAAGGAACUGUGGGAGCAGGCAACCCUUCCAGUAUUUGCAGUCCAGUCAGUGCCAUAGGUCAGAAUAUGGGCAACCAGAAUGGGAACCCAACAGGCACCUUGGGUGCCUGGGGAAACUUGCUGCCGCAAGAGAGCACAGAACCACAAACGUCCACUUCUCAGAAUGUGUCUUUCAGCGUACAACCUCAGAACCUUAACACUGAUGGACCAAAUAACACUAACCCCAUGAACUCUUCACCAAACCCUAUCAAUGCAAUGCAGACAAACGGACUGCCGAACUGGGGGAUGGCUGUUGGCAUGGGGGCCAUCAUCCCGCCCCACCUGCAAGGCCUUCCUGGUGCUAACGGAACAUCGGUUUCUCAAGUCAGCGGGGGCAGUGGUGAAGGAAUGGGCAGUUCAGUGUGGGGGAUGUCCCCAGGUAAUCCUGCCACAGGAAACAGCAAUUCUGGGUUCAGUCAGGGGAAUGGAGACACUGUGAACUCAGCAUUAAGUGCUAAACAAAACGGAUCCAGCAGUGCUGUGCAGAAGGAAGGAAACGGAGCGAACGCGUGGGAUUCGGGGCCUCCGUCCGGUCCCGGGGUCCUGGCGUGGGGCAGGGGCGGUGGCAGCAGCGGUGUUGGUGGUGUGCAUUCUGGAGCUUGGGGCCACCCCAACCGUAACACCAGCAACGGUGUCAACGGGGAGUGGGGCAAGCCCCCAAACCAGCAUUCCAAUAGCGACAUCAAUGGGAAAGGAUCAACAGGGUGGGAUAGCUCUAGUGUUACCAGUCCGAACCCUGCCAUGCAGCAGGGCAAUGAACAAAUGAACUCUUGGGCCAAAGCUGCAGCAUCUGGCACCACGGCUAGUGAAGGAAGCAACGACAGCGGUGGGAGUCAAAAUGAAGGCAGUACUGGGAGGGAGGGGGCUGGAGAGGGCAGGAGGAGAGACAAAGGGAUGAUAGACCAAGGGCAAGUUCAGUUGCCAAGAAAUGACCUUGACCCCAGGGUCCUGUCCAAUACGGGGUGGGGACAGACCCCUGUAAAGCAAAACACUGCCUGGGAAUUUGAAGAGUCCCCAAGGUCUGAACGGAAGAAUGACAAUGGAACAGAGGCCUGGGGUUGUGCAGCUACUCAAUCUUCAAACUCAGGGGGGAAGAACGAUGGGUCCAUCAUGAACAGUACAAAUACCUCUUCAGUAUCUGGGUGGGUCAACUCUCCACCGGCAGCUGUUCCAACAAACACAGGUUGGGGAGACAAUAACAACAAAGCACCAAAUGGCCCGGGGGGGUGGGGAGAGUCAGCAAGCUCUACUACUGUUAAUAAUGCUGCUGCUGCCAAAAGCGGCCACGCUUGGAGUGGGACCGCAAAUCAGGAGGACAAAUCACCUACCUGGGGUGAACCUCAGAAACCCAAAUCUCAAAACUGGGGAGAUGGACAGAAAUCAAAUCCAAGCUGGACUUCAGGAGGUGGAGACUGGACAGAUUCAUCAUCUGUUCCUGGACACUUGGGUGAUGGGAAGAAGAAUGGAUCUGGAUGGGAUUCUGACAAUAGAUCGGGGUCUGGCUGGAAUGAUUCCGCAAGGUCUGGGACCAGUGGGUGGGGAAAUGGCACAAACAGCAAGGCUAAUACAGGUACAAGUUGGGGGGAAUCUUUAAAGCCAGGCCCCCAACAAAAUUGGGCUAAUAAACCCCAGGACAACAAUGUGAGUAACUGGGGAGGAGCUGCUUCUGUAAAACAGACGGGGUCAGGGUGGGUUGGUGGGCCAGUGCCAGCCAAACAAAAAGAGAACUGUGAGGCAACUGGCUGGGAAGAGCCAUCGCCACCGUCCAUUCGCCGCAAGAUGGAAAUCGAUGACGGUACCUCAGCUUGGGGCGACCCAAAUUACAACAACAACAAGACUGUAAACAUGUGGGAUAGAAAUAAUCCUAUAAUUCAGAGCAGUACCACAACCAACACCACCACCACUAGCACCAUUAUCAACACCAACAUGGUUGAACCUCAGCCGUCGCACCAGCCAAGUGCCCAGCCGAACCGGUCCCCGCUGCUUGGCCCAGGCUGGGGAGAGAUGCCUGCUGUCCACACAAAGACCGAAGCUUCUUGGGGAGAGCCCUCGUCCCCUUCUGCUGCAGUUGAUAAUGGCACUUCGGCGUGGGGGAAACCCCCCAGCAGUGGGACCGGGUGGGGAGAGAAUCCUGCCGAGCCGGCAGGGACAUAUGGAAGAACAAACACUCCAGCUGCUGCCCCAGCACUGUGCAAACCAGCUUCAAAAUCUAUGCAAGAAGGCUGGGGCAGUGGUGGGGAUGAAGUGAAUCUCAGUACUAGUCAGUGGGAAGAUGAAGAAGGAGAUAUGUGGAAUAAUACUGCUUCACAAGAGAGCAGCUCCUCCUGUAAUUCCUGGGGGAAUGCCCCGAAGAAAGGACUUCAAAAGGGCAUGAAGACAUCUAGCAAGCAGGAUGAGGCCUGGAUCAUGAACCGUCUGAUAAAACAGCUCACAGACAUGGGCUUCCCUAGAGAGCCAGCGGAAGAGGCCUUGAAGAGCAACAGUAUGAAUCUCGAUCAGGCCAUGAGUGCUCUGCUGGAAAAGAAGGUGGAAAUGGACAAGCGUGGAAUGGGAGUGACCGACUAUAAUGGAAUGGUCACCAAACCCCUUGGCUGCCGCCCACCACCAAUCUCCAAAGAGUCUUCCAUGGACCGCCCCACCUUCCUUGACAAGCUCACCCUUUCUUUCUCCAAUCAGGAUGGCGGCCUAGUGGAAGAGCCCACUACUUCACCAUUUUUGCCUUCACCAAGCCUGAAGCUCCCCCUUUCAAACAGUGCACUCCCUAAUCAGACCCUGGGCGGGAUUGCCUCAGGGCUGGGCAUGCAAAACUUGAAUUCUUCUAGACAGAUACCGAGUGGCAAUCUGGGUAUGUUUGGCAAUAGCGGAGCAGCACAAGCCAGGACCAUGCAACAGCCGCAGCAACCGCCAGUGCAACCUCUUAAUUCAUCCCAGCCUAGUCUUCGUGCUCAAGUGCCUCAGUUUCUAUCCCCUCAGGUUCAAGCACAGCUUUUGCAGUUUGCAGCAAAAAACAUUGGUCUCAGCCCUGCACAGUUAACCUCGCCAAUUAAUAAUCCUCAGCAUAUGACGAUGUUGAACCAGCUCUAUCAGCUGCAGCUGGCGUACCAACGUUUACAAAUCCAGCAGCAGAUGUUACAGGCUCAGCGUAAUGUUUCCGGACCCAUGAGACAACAGGAGCAGCAAGUUGCACGUACAAUCAAUAACAUGCAGCAGCAGAUCCAGCAGCACCAGCGCCAGCUGGCCCAGGCCCUGCUUAUGAAGCAGCAGCCUCCCCCUCCACAUCUAUCUUUGCACCCCUCUGCAGGCAAAUCAGCCAUGGAUAGCUUUUCACCCCAUCCCCAGGCUCCCGGCCUACCUGACCUGCAGACCAAAGAGCAACAGUCUUCACCGAACACCUUUGCUCCUUACCCUCUUGCUGGACUGAACCCGAACAUGAAUGUAAAUAACAUGGACAUUACUGGUGGUUUGUCAGUGAAGGACACUUCUCAGUCCCAGUCUCGCCUUCCUCAGUGGACACACCCCAACUCAAUGGAUAAUCUGUCUAGUGCUGCUUCUUCUCUUGACCAGAACUCCAGCAAGCACGGUGCUAUACCUGGAGGUUUAAGUAUUGGUCCUCCAGGAAAGUCCUCCAUUGAUGACUCCUAUGGCCGGUAUGAUCUGAUUCAGAACAGUGAGUCUCCUGCCAGCCCACCCGUAGCUGUUCCUCACAGCUGGUCACGUGCCAAAUCCGAUAGUGAUAAGAUUUCCAAUGGCUCCAGCAUAAACUGGCCACCAGAGUUUCAUCCAGGAGUGCCAUGGAAAGGACUGCAGAAUAUUGAUCCUGAAAAUGACCCCGAUGUUACUCCUGGAAGUGUUCCAACUGGGCCUACCAUAAACACCACGAUACAGGAUGUGAAUCGCUAUCUCCUCAAGAGUGGAGGGUCAUCCCCAACAUCAUCUCAGAAUGCCACGCUGCCUUCAUCGAGUGCCUGGCCGCUUAGUGCCUCCGGCUACAGUAGCUCUUUCAGCAGCAUUGCAUCUGCACCUAGCAUUGCAGGUAAACUGUCAGACAUCAAGUCCACGUGGUCCUCUGGCCCGAUCUCUCACACCCAAGCCUCUCUGUCCCACGAACUCUGGAAGGUACCCAGAAACACUACGGCUCCGACGAGACCCCCUCCAGGCUUAACCAACACCAAGCCAUCAUCCACGUGGGGAGCCAGUCCCCUGGGCUGGACCAGCUCUUACUCCUCUGGUUCUGCAUGGAGUACUGACAGCUCAGGGAGAACAAGCAGCUGGCUGGUUCUUCGGAACCUCACCCCCCAGAUUGAUGGUUCCACACUGCGGACACUGUGUUUGCAACACGGCCCUCUCAUAACAUUCCACUUGAACCUGACACAAGGGAAUGCUGUGGUCCGAUACAGUUCCAAGGAGGAAGCAGCCAAGGCCCAAAAGUCUCUGCACAUGUGUGUCCUGGGAAACACUACCAUCCUGGCCGAGUUUGCUGGUGAGGAAGAAGUGAACCGUUUCCUGGCGCAGGGCCAGGCGCUGCCGCCCACCUCCAGCUGGCAGUCCAACACUGGAUCCACCCAGACCCGCCUGGGCUCCUCCGGCAGCUCCCACGGCCUGGUGCGCCCCGACACCGGCCACUGGAACCCCCCCUGCCUGGGGGGCAAGGGCAGCAGCGACCUGCUGUGGGGGGGGGUCCCCCAGUACUCCAGCAGCCUUUGGGGACCCCCCAGCGCCGACGACGGCAGAGUCAUCGGGAGCCCCACGCCUCUGAAUACUCUCCUCCCGGGGGAUCUUCUCAGCGGGGAGUCCAUCUAGGAAACGAGAGAGAAGACAAAAUGGAAAUAACAAUCAUCAGCACUAAAGGAAAAAAAAAAAUUAAAAAAAAAAUUUUAAAAAAAAAAAAAAAAGAAAUUGUAACCCUUUCCAGUCCCGGGCUCGAUGAAGAAUCCAGCUUUAACCCAUGAGACUGGCAGCCCUCCUUAGUACCUCUGUCCAAUAUCGAAUCCGAAACUGCAGAAGUCCUUGUGAACUGUUCCUGAAACAGUAUGGGCUCCUUUUGGUCAGUGUCACAUGCUAAUGACAGGUUUUAUUGUUUUGUUUUGGUUUUUUUUUUUUUUCAUGGCUUUUUUGUUUUAUGUUGUCUUUUUAUGUUUGUAUGGUGAUUUUUUUUUUUUUUUUUUUUUUUCAAAACCAAGUAUAAAAGCUGCUUAGGAUAGGUCUAUCAUGAAGGGCACUUUUCAGAAUUUGGGCUGGAAAGGGUUAUUUUAUCAACUUAGGGGGGGUGGGAAGGGGAAAUGAAAGCCUAUUUAAAUGAGCCUGUGACUAUUAUGCACAUUACAGAGGCGGACCCAAUAAUCAGAAAGGGUGAAGUGUGAUAUUUACCAUUGGUACAGAAAAGUGACGAAUCCAAGUGGGAACUAUGGACUGUACAGGUUGAGUGGGGGGGAGGGAGGGCAGGGUUGGGGUAUCUCUGUGUCCACUACUCCCAUGGAUCUGCCUAUGCACAUUGCCCUUGUUUCAUUACUUUUUCAUGUCAUUUUUUUUAAUCCCAAAAAUAUAUUAAAAAAAAAAAAGUAAAAAAAAAAAAUCAACAAAGAAACAAAAAAAAAAAAUUAAAAAAAAAAAAAAGGCAACAAACCAUAUCAACAUGCAAAUACUUGAAUCCAGCAGGCCAAUAACAAAAUGUGAACACUUUCUGAGUUGAAUUAUUACACUUCCAGGUCAGCAUCAGUACACAAAAAACAGGCUCUAAGAAUUUUUUUUUUUUAAAAGUUCAGACUCUAUGUUUUUGUUGGGACAGAUGUGAGUGUGCCUGUGUGUGUGUGAGUGUGUGUGUGUGUGUGUGUGUGCCCACAUGUGGUUUAACUCAAUGUGUGAAGUUUUUUCCUUUUGAUUCAGUAUAUGCUUUUUAUUUGCUCAUUGGUCAAAUGUUUUAAUUGUUAUUAGCUUCUAACUUUGCACUGAGUGUCCGCAGCCCUUCUUGUAGCUAAUCCUGUAAUGGUAAAAAAAAAAAAAAAAAGGACAAAAAAAAGGAAAAAAAAAAAGAAAGAAAAAAAAAAAAAGGAAAGAAACUGAUAGAAGGGGCCGGCGACAAUUCACGUGUAAAUGUUUACUCAAGGACUCUUAUUGCAUUUUAAAAAUUACAGUGUGUAUCUCUGGAGAAUAAUAUGUAUAUCUACCUUUAGCGGCUUUUUAUUGUGGACUAAUGCAAGAAAAUUAUUACCGGAGUAUUGCACCAUUUUUCCAUUCGGAAUAUAAAGUUUAAAAAAAAAAAAUACUCUUGUUGAACUGUGGCCAUAGAUAAUUGUAAAGAGUUGAUAGUUCCCUUGCAAGCAGGAACAGAAACAAGCACUUGGACAUAAGUUUUGACUGCUUUUGGAGGAGCCAGGAGUUUUGGCUCCCACCUGUUUACAGACCUUUUUUUUCUCUCCUUCAAACUUUAAAAUAAAAAAAGGAAUUACAAAAAAAAAAAAAAAAAAAAAAAAACAAACAAACACAAAAAAAAAAAGGAAAAAAAAAAGACUUCCAUCGUAAAGAAAACUAUUUUCAGAAUGAAGAUAUGCUACUUCAGAGCUCUGGGAUUGAACAGUGUUGUUGUAUUAUCCUUUUCUUUGGCCAUUGCUGUGUACUAUUUUUUGUUGUUGUUUUCCUCCUCUUCGUCAAAGUGGCGAAAACUUUGUGAUCACUAUCUUGCACAUGGUGGAAGAUGUCUCAGGAAAGCCGGGUUUCCCGAGGAGCAACUCCACACCAUUUCAUGUAUUUUUAAAAACCCAACUCCUAGCACUGAAGAUAUUAUUAAAAAACAAAAUAAAAUAAAAAAAAAGACAGUAAGAAAGAAGAAAAUACCUAAUCUAAUGUGUAGCAGUUACAUAUUUACCAAAUAAUGGACUCAAAAGAAAUAGAUGUUUGAAGAGUGCUUUAUAUAUUAAAAAAUCGCUUUAUGUUUAAAAAAAAAGAUCAAUGUUUUUGAUUGUUUUGAAAGGAAGAAAGACAAUGGAAUAACAUACACUUCAAGUAUGUUUUAAAAAUUAUAUGAACAUUGUGCUCCCUGCCUGCUUGGAUCAGGAAACUUGUGCAUUACAUUUUUUUUUUUUUUUGGAAGAUUAGCUUUUUAAUGGUUUUAUCAGAUUUAAAGGGUCCUGCAAGAUUGCAAAUUAACAAAAGCUGGUUUUAUAGAGGAUCAUGAACUAUGCACAAACUGGGUUCAAGACUUGUUUUUUUUUUUCCUCAAGUUUUAGUAGUGUAUUUAGCUGAAUAACCUUUCCUCAGAGUAAUUGCAUCUCAUUGCCAUUACACGCCUGUUACAUAUAUAUUUUAUAUAUAUAUACACACACACACUUAUAUAAAAUAUGUAUGUGUGUAUGUGCGUGUUUACAUACAAUUUUCCAUGCUGAAGUUUAGCAUUGAGUUGUAGAAAAACUCCUGAUAUUUUCAAAUUGGGAAUGAAAAUUUCUGUUGGCGGGUCAGGGGUGGGUGGGUUUUGUUUUGGGGGCUUUUUUUUUCUUUUUUUUUUUCUUUUUUUUUGCCUUUUCCUUUUGAAUUAAAGAUGUCUGUAACUCUGAGAUUAAAAAGAAAACCAACAAUUGUGGCUUUUAAUGUUUAUUCUCCUCAUAGAAUGUGAUUGUUAAAGAACAUGCACCGAAAGUUGCUUUCAAGAGUACGAAGAUUCUUUGAAACUUAAUAAAUUGCAGUUUUUUCUUGGCUGUUGAAAUAA